ACGAGCCCCUCUGUGGCCAGUGACACCAUGGUGACACCAGCAGUCAGCGGCGGUCAGCGGUCGGCAUCGGCGGGGACGCGUCGUGCAUACGGGAGUGAGAGUCUCUCGGCGUCUCGCCUCCUGAGCAGCGACAGUCUUACUGCGUCGUGGCGAACAAGCGCGGAGUUGUGUGCAGGUCCAGCCGCUGUAAGCAUCGCGCACGAAAGGUGACGAGAGCAGGAUGAGGGCGUGCGUGGUGGGCGCGGGCGUGGUGGGCCUCAACACGGCGCUGGAGCUGCAGCGGGAACUGGGCGCCUCGCUGGACGUCACCAUCCUGGCCGACAAGUUCAACGAAGAGACGACAGGCGACGGCGCGGCAGGCUUCUUCUUCCCGUCCACCUACUUCGCGGGCCCCUCGUUCGACGUUACAAAACAAUGGAUUCGUGACUCGUUCGACUGGUACAAUUCCGUGUGCUGGUCGGACCAGGGGCGCGCGGCUGGGGUGGGGGAGCUCACAGGGUACUUCUUCUCCAACGAGAGCCGCGGGAAGGUGUGGAACCCUCUGAUGGAGGGCGUGUGCCCCGAGUACCGCGACGCCACCGACGAGGAGCUGCAGCUGCUCCCGGGCGGCGCGCGCUUCGGCUCGUUCGCCAGCACCCUGCUCGUGGAGUGCCGCUACUUCCUGCCCUGGGCGCUUAACAGGAUUCAGGCUGCUGGCGGCAAGAUCCAGCGUCGCUGCGUGACGCGACUCGACGACCUGUCGGAGGACUUCGACGUGGUCUUCAACUGCACGGGGCUCGGCGCGGCCAAGCUGUGCGGCGACUACACCGUCAUCCCCCUGCGCGGCCAGGUCUACAAGGUGACGGCGCCGUGGAUCAAGACAUUCACAUGCUUUGACCGGGACACGUACAUCUUUCCCAACCGCAACCAGGUGACAGUGGGUGGGUCGCGGUGGCUCGGCAACUCCAGCCUGGAGGUGGACCCGUACGAGAGCGCCAGCAUCUGGGAGCGCGCCGUCCGCGCGGUGCCCAGCCUACAGGCCGCCCGCGUGCAGCGCCAGUGGGUCGGCCUGCGGCCCUACCGCUGUCCCGUCCGCGUCGAGGCCGACAAGGCUCAGCGCGAGGACAAGCUCACCAUUGUGCACAACUACGGGCAUGGCGGCUACGGCAUCACGGCGGCCCCAGGAACAGCCCGGUAUGCAGUAAAAGCCUUCAAAGACCAACACAGAGCAGGUGUCGGAUCAAGCAAGCUUUGAACCACUUGAAAUUACUAAAGGGUGCGAAAACAGAAGACUGAACGCAUACAUGUUUCAAUGUGUAGGAACCCAAUUACCAAAAAACCACAUAGAUAGAUGUGAAUAAAAUUUUAUACAAAUAUUGUACAAAUUUUGGACUGAGUAGCAGUCUUUCAUCCAUGUAUGGUUAACCAUACUUAACUUUAAACAAUUUAUAUAGAACAUAACAUGAAAUAUUAAAAAAAUUGAAAAUGCAACAGUAUAAAUAGGAGUGUGGAUAGAUUACCAUAUCCACCAAUAUGACAAAUCUCUUGGCUGUAAUUGUCAAAAUUCAGGGAAACCACAAAAACACAAGCCCUUUCAGGUUGGCAAGUAUGAAGUAAAGAAAGAAAUAGAAUGAAAUCCAUUAAAAUUUGAGUGGUAGUAAUAAUUUUGAGUGAUUCAAUUGCUGACCAACAAUUAUUUCUCCUUUAAAAUAUAACCUACGCAAAGUUAUAAUAAAUACUGUGAAAUUUC